ACCAGGAACAAAACAUGAACUAAUGGCGGAUCCUGUCGUAUAUGACUUUACACCGUAGGAUAAAGACCAUGGACUCAUCAGAUAGCAUAAUCUAUAACUUUGACAAAGCGGAAAGAGGCAUUGCUUUAUUGAUACACAAUAAAAACUUUGAAAGUGAAGAGCUUGGUACGAGAAAUGGAGAUGAACUUGAUCGCAGACAUUUGAAAAAAAUCUUCAAGGACUUAGGAUUUAAGAUCUUAUCAUUCGAGGAUCAAAAGGCAGACAAGAUGCUCAAAAUAGCAGCAGAUAUCGCAAAAGAAGGCGUUCACGAAAAAUCUGACUGCUUUGUGUGUGUUGUAUCCUCUCAUGGUAAUGAAGAGCAAACUAAGUCAGACACCCACCAAUCAUCACUUGAGAGAGAACAAGAAAUCAUGGGUGUGGAUGGAAAAGGAAUUAAGACCAGUGAUUUAGUUGAAAUCUUCAGUGACGAUAAUUGUAAAGGUCUAAGAGGAAAACCAAAAUUUUUUUUCAUCCAGGCUUGUAGGAUCUCAGGAGACAGGAAAAUGGAUGAAGGCUAUCCAGAACAAAAUAUGAUGCUAAAGACAGAAAUACACAAACAAGACAAAACGGAUGCUACAGUCAUAGACGACCCUGUCAAUCAUGAAAAAGAAUCAGCUGAUGAAAUCUACGAGGAGAUUGAUACUUCAGAUACAGACGAUGAUGAUGAAUUAACAUACUUAAAAGACAAAUAUCAAAAAAAGGAAAAGCAAAUACAUACCGCUUCAUCUUUAACCAAUCCCACAGUACUCCAAUCAGAAGGCACACACAGAGAAGAAAUAGACGCCAAAGGGUCUAAACCUGACGAAGAUGUUCCUAUGAUAACAAUGGUUCCUUGUCCAGAAAACACUUUAAUCAUGUUUGCAGCGCUUUCCGGAAAUUAUGCGGUGCGAUCAUCAGUAAAAGGAGGAUGGAUGCUAAAUGAGUUGUACAAGUGUUUAGCAAAAUAUGCAAAAGAUGGAAACAAGCUGGAGAGAAUAAAUUUUUUGGAGAUUUUAACAGAAGUUUUAGCAGGCAUUAGUGAACACACAUUUAACCCUCCUGAAGAUAGUCACGAGUAUUUUUUAAAGGGUCACUUCUCACCUGGUUGCUUUACUCAUUGUCUAAAUAAAGAAGUUUACUUUAAGAAGAAAAGUUCGUUACGUAAAAUUAAACAAGUCAUAUUCGACGCAUUGAAUAAAGUCACAGAAAUGUUUUUUUAAGAUAUAAACAAUAUAUUGAGUUUCAUUUGGCGGCAUGUCUAAAUAUUUAUGCAUACUAUAUAUAUAUUGGUCAAUAAAUUCUACUCAAAUCUUUA